AUGGGCCUCUUCGUGCGAGACCGAAAGCUCUACAGCGCCCUGGUGCGCCGGCUGGACGCGCUGGUGUCCUCGCAGGACGAGUACAGCGGUAAGGACCCACAGCUGGAAAAAGUCCUCGAGGACUCGAAGAGAUACGCGGUGCGCUUCCCGCUCUCCGGCUUCCUCUUCAUGCUGGUGCAGGCGUGCCUCUGGCUGCCGAUGCCCGCCAUAGCCUACCCCGGCCAACACCGCCUACCAUUCGUCCAGCACGAUUGGUCGGGCAAUGGCAGCUACCGCUUCUACGAAAUGUCCUACGCUCUCCAGUGCUGCUCGGCCUUCUGGCUGGGGAAGAUCAGCAUCAUUCUCGACUGCCAGUUCGUGGCCAUAAUGGUGCUAGUCACCGCACAGCUCAAGAUUCUCGCGGUACGCAUGGAGAAUCUGAGAACUGAGGCGAAAUCAAUAACAGAGUAUCGUAUCUGUAAUGACAAGUCACCGGAGGUCGAAUAUGACUGUAAAAUGUACAAAGAUUUGCGCCGGUGCAUAGAAAGUCAUCAAGAAAUCCUCAGCUGGGUUGCGGCCGGCGGCUGGGGUGUUUCCACUCCUGUCGCCUCCCAACGAGGUGGCAUCUUCCUUGUGCGUAAAUCUUCUGGUGUUGUUGUGCCCUAUCAAGCACGUUUGCUGAUGCGAACAUGUCGUUUUCUGUUGCCGCCUUCAGUGGGGGCGGAAGUAGCAGGAUCGGCUGCCGGCGUCGCCCUCGUGUUUGCCGGACUCCUCGCCGCCUGUGCUCCUAGCCAAGACUUCGCGACAGUUCUGAAGUGUGUGGCCUUCCUUCCAGUGCCGUGUGGACAGGUCUUCAUUUACUGCUGGGCAGCUGACAACAUGACUGAGCAGGCUAAAGCAGUAUCUAACGCGGCGUACCACUGUUCGUGGGUGGACGCGGGCUCCCGCUUCAAACGCACCCUGCUGCUGGUCAUCGGCCGCGCUCAGAAGCGACUGGUGCUCACUGCCGGCCACCUCUACACUAUCGACAGGGCUGCCUUUCUUUCGGUUGGUGUGAGAGUUAUUUCUCAUUUAUGUUACAUAUAG